AUGAACUUCCCGCAAAUCCGAAGUCUCGUGGCAGACAUAGCCGCCUCAGUUGAUCUGUACGAGUCAACUGGAUCUGAGGAGUUCCUAGUCGACACCCAGGAAGAUACUACUCGACUGGCGCGUGCGCUAGAGAAUCCCCGGGAUGCCAUUGUCAAACAUAUUUUCGCUCCAUCAGUUUUGGUAAUUGCGAAGAUAGCUCAUGAGAUGGAGAUCUUCACAUUACUCUCACGAGGGACCGUCCCCGUACCUUUGGCAGAGCUGGCUGCCUUGAAGCCGGCCGAUCCAUUAUUAGUUGAACGCAUAAUGCGACUUCUAGUUGCCAAUGGUUUCGCGGAUGAGCCAGUGCAGUGUGAAUAUUUACCCACGGCCAUCUCGAAGGAAAUGGCUCAAAGAGGCUCUGUCGCGAUGGUAGAAACACUCGCUAUAAACUUUCUCACCUACAUUCAAAAACUUCCCGAAUAUCUCAAAGCUAUCAACUACCGCAACCUAGACGACUCGCUUUUUGCCCCUUUCCAGUACUGUCAUCACGUUACCGUCGAUGCCUUUACAUGGAUAAGUCAGAAUCCAGACACACUGAAACGUUUUAACAGCUUCAUGGAAGGGUACCGUGGAAAUCGCCCUCAUUGGAGCGACUGGUUUCCCAUCCGUGAGCGUAUUCUUGAUUCCCAAGUGUUGGAUAAGGAUAAACCGCUCUUGGUGGAUAUAGGUGCUGGAAGAGGGUAUGGUUUGAUGAAGUUUCGGAGCCGAUUCCCAGAUGUCCCUGGAAGAUUAAUUUUGCAAGACUUGCCCCUUGUGAUUGACGAGAUUCGGGGUGCGUGCGACUUGAAAGCUGCCGGAGUUGAGACCAUCGCUUUCAAUCUCUUUGCAGAUGUUCAGCCAGUCAAAGAUGCACGAAUCUACUACAUGAAAUCCGUACUGCAUGAUUGGCCCGACACAAAGGCCGCUCUUAUUUUGAACAAUAUCAAGCAGGCAAUGAAGCCUGGGUACUCUAAAUUGAUCCUUGAAGAGUUCAUUUUACCAGAUACAAAUACUCCAUCACUUGCUUGCAUGACUGAUCUGGCGGUCAUGAUAUUUUCUUCGGGCCUGGAGCGAAACCGCAAACGCUGGACGGAUCUCAUGACGUUGACUGGCCUGCGGAUUCUGCAAUUUUGGGUUCCCAGAGGCGAUGGAAUGGGAAUUAUCGAAGCAGAAGUUUCUGAGUUUGAGCAGUAG